AUGACUGAAAUUUCUGAAAUUUGUGAAACGGCGUUCAAAUUAACGUAUCAUCCAAUUUAUAGAGGUUCUUUAUUUAUUCAUUUAUUUGUUUCAAUUUCAUCAAUAAUUCCAUUAAUCUAUUUUGUCAUUUUCAAGCUUCCAAAAACAAGCUUCCAUGGCAAUCUUAAAUUCUUAUUCUCUGCCUAUUUUGUAUCAGUUUUCUUGUUUUCUGUGGAUUUUGCCAUUAUCUCGACGACUGAAAUUUUAAUUCCACUAUUCUCAAAACAUCCAUGUAAUUUAUUGAUACCUGAUCAAUAUCUAAAAAUCGGGAAUACUACCGUAUCAAUUUUCAUGUCUCUUUCCACAUUCUUUCCUAUUUCUAUUACAAUUGAACGAUUCAUUGCAAUGAAAAUGGCAAGAACUUAUGAGAAGACACGUGUACGACUUGGUCCAAUACUAACUGGAUGUAAUAUACUUCUUGAUUUGCUUAUUGUGUUUUUUAUUUAUCGAGACGAAAAGUUUGAUGAUGGAUCGAUUUCCUUUGUGUUCUUUCCUAAAACUCUUGCUCCAAAGAUGUUCACAUUCUUCUGGGUUAUGUUCUUUCUGAAUUUAAUCAAUUUUACAUUUAAUUCAUAUCUCCUUCGACAAAGUAUUCGAUUAAAAGUCUCAACCAGUUCCCUUGCAACAAAAUAUCAACGAGAAGAAGUCGUUCAUUCUACCAAAUUUGCAGUUUUUGUAGUAUUUUGUCAUGUAAUAUUAUUUGGAUUUUAUGUGAUUGGAAUCAUGAUUCUUAGAUAUUUUGGAAGUAUUUUUAUUCCGGAUCCAGCUGAUUUGAUGGCAACAAGAGGAGCUUUUACUACAAUGAUAUCCUUAUAUAAUCUUGUUGUUGGGUCUGUUGCAGUCUAUUUGAAUCAUUUGAUUAAAACUCGAAAAUCUGAGGAAAUAACCGGCACUGUUCGAAUUCAAGCGACAGGAGCUGUUGGAGCACAAAACUACGAGAAUGCAAUAUUCAACAUUUGGAAUUCUGUUUAAUUUUGAUUUAUGGAAUAAAU